AUACCCUGAUUGGUAUGCUUCAACAAUCAUCACAUUCCUGUGUUUGCCCAGCUGCCUGCUCAAGUUGCCAUUCAUCGUAGAUUAAGAAACUGGUCAAGUUUCUGGAGAGGGCCGGAUUAACAACUGAAUAAGAAUCAUGGCCUCCUUUAUGAAGAGAAAACGCUGUGAAGACUGUGGAAACUCUUUUUCCUCUUCUUCUAAUUACAAGCGACACAAAGGCACUUGUCCGAGUACAGAACCUGAACCUGCAUCUCAAGACAGCUCUGACGAUGAUGAAGAGGUAUACUUUGAUGAAGAUGAGAUUGACGAUCUGCUUCAGAGUUUUCAACCGAGAAAACCUCAGCAAGCUGAAUCCUCUCAACCUGCCUCACCGGAAGUGAAACCAUUUUUUAAGGCACUCAUCUUAUGGACAUGUUUCUUCCUCUGCAUUUGGCAGUCUGUAUUUUAUAUUUCCUCAAAUGCCAUCGCAUUCCUUCUGAAAUACCUUCAUGCCCUUCUCGCCGUUGCCGCUCAGCAUUACAAGUUCCUUGCUGUUGUAGUACCGAUGUUCCCAAGUACUAUUUUCCUGCUCAAGAAAUUACUCAGAAUUGACGACAAUAACUUUUUCCACUAUGUUGUAUGCCCAGCAUGCUGUAGCAUAUAUAGAUAUUCUGACUGUAUUUCUGUUUUCGAAGGAGAAGAAGUCAGUAUGACUUGUUCAAACGUCUCCCAACCUAAUCACCCAAUGAGACAUUAUCGCCAGCCUUGUGGUGCACAACUGUUACAAAGUAUGACCCUUUCCUCUGGCAAGAAGAAGCUUGUACCACAUAAGAACUAUUAUUUUAAAUCUCUGAAAGAUUCACUUUUUAACUUUUUGUCAAGACCAGGUUUUGAGGAGAAAUGUGAACAAUGGCGUGACAGGGUCGUUAGUGAUGGUACUUUGCAUGACGUGUAUGAUGGUCGUAUCUGGAAGAGCUUCAGUGGGACAUAUUUGAAGAAGAAGAGAAACUAUGGCCUUAUGCUUAAUUUAGACUGGUUUCAGCCAUUCAAACACGUCAAAUACUCUGUAGGUGUAAUGUAUUUAGUCAUCCUCAAUCUACCUCGAGAAGAACGUUACAAACGUGAGAAUGUUAUCAUUGUUGGUAUUAUACCGCACAUGAAGAAAGAACCCCCUACAAACAGUUUUGUACAACCUUUAGUUGAUGAGCUUCUUGAAGCAUGGACAGUAGGUUUUUCAUUCAACUCUAAGAUAUUUCGCUUGGCCUUAAUGUGCAUUGGAUGUGAUAUCCCUGCUUGCCGAAAGUUAUGUGGCUUUCUGGGACAUGCAGCCGUCAAAGGGUGUUCUCGGUGCAAGAAGUCUUUUCCUGGUGAAUUCGGCAAAAGAGACUACAGUGGUUUUGACAGAACUCAGUGGAUACCUCGCACCCAUGAACAGCAUAUACGAGAAAUCAGACACAUCACAAGUGCCAGAACCAAGACAGAUAGAGAAGCACUUGCGAGUUCGUAUGGAACAAGAUACUCCGUCUUGUCUGAGCUGCCAUACCUUGAUCUGAUCAAAAUGUCUGUUGUGGACCCUAUGCACAAUUUGUUUCUGGGGACAUCAAAACAUAUGUUGCAUGUAUGGAGAGACACUGGUGUACUAACUGCCAAGAACUUAGACACUAUCCAAGCAAAGGUGGAUGCAGUUAACUGUCCAAGUGACAUUGGUCGCAUCCCACAUAAGAUUUCCUCCGGUUUUGCAGGGUUUAGUGCAGACCAGUUUAAAAACUGGACGUUACUGUUUUCUGUGUAUGCACUGAAGGAUGUUAUUUCUGAUGAUCAUUUAGAAUGUUGGCGAAAUUUUGUAUUGGCCUGUAGAUAUUUGUGUUGCCGAGUAUUAACUGAAAAUGACAUAAAAAUGGCAGAUUUAUUACUGAUGCGCUUCUGUGAGAAUUUUGAGCGAUUAUAUGGCCGUGACAGAGUUACCCCUAACAUGCACUUGCAUGGUCAUCUGAUUGAGUGUGUUCAGGACUUUGGACCCAUUUACUCGUUUUGGCUGUUCAGUUUUGAACGGUUUAAUGGUAUGCUGGGCGACUACACAACUAACAAGAAAAGCGUAGAACUGCAGCUGAUGAGACGUUUCGUAAGCCAUUCUCAUCUCCUUGGAUUGGUCUUAGAUGACGAGUUUCACUUUGGAGACACCCUUGAGCCGAUCAUCGCCACUGUUACAGCUAACAUUAAAGUGGGUACUCUUGGCAAGAUUAAUUCAAGUGAAUGCUUGCAGCUCCGACAGAUGUCAUCCCGACUUCAUCACAUUGAAAACCUUCAGUGGACUGACAUUGACAGGUUCAUUUUUUCAAAAUAUAAAGUCCGUGGCCUCACUGAAAAUGAUGAAUACUCCCUUCAAGAAAUGUACAGAGCCCUCUAUGGCGAAACAGUCGAGACUUUGCCGGCCGUUAGGGAAAUAAAAACUCUAUACCUUGGAUCAGAAGUCUUUGGAUCUGCCAAGUCUCAAAGUGUGAGAUCUUCUUACAUCACUGCCUACUGGACAGACGGGGACGGGAAAAUUGGUUGGGGGGUUUCUCCGAGACCUGGAAAGGCGACCAGUGCAAAGACAACCAGCACUGUUCAGACUGUGACAGAACAGGAGAUUGCCUCACAGACUGUGACUCUGGGUAUUUUGAUAGAAAAUGCAGGUCCAUGUGUAACAAGAACUGCAGAAAACGGUCAUGUCGGUUGUCAAGCUCUGGCUCAGGUGUUUGCACUGAGGGUUGUGUCCCUGGAUAUCAAGGUCCUGGAUGCAGCAUACACUGUGGCAGUCCAGGAGGUACCUGUGUAG